AUGGCCGACGACACUCGAGAAUCGUCCACUCCUCCCACGCAAUCCCCCAGCGAUCCCUCAGCCUGCGAGGACCGUCGAAUACGCCGACCACGACCGAAGCAUGAUUUCCCUCAGUCGCAAGCCGGCAAGCUGUGGGAGGCGUUUGGGAACCCAGAGGAAUCCGCGAACAGUCUCCCUGGAGGGACUUACAAUUCGGCGGGUGGCAAACCAGCCCAAGUGACAUGGAAAGAUGCCUUCAAUUUCUCAUACAAUUCAAAAGGGCCGGCAUGGUAUCAAACACCCUGUGCCAGGGAUUCAUUAUUAGUAGGCAUUGGAGGAGGAGGCGCAGUUGGAGGAGUUAGUUUUAUUUUGAAAGGUCUCAAGUCCCUUGGAAAAUCAGCAAAUUAUUCUGUUGGUGGAUUUCUCGUCACUUCCUCUGCCAUGUACUAUUGGUGUGAUCGAAGACGCAAGGAAGAAGCUCGAGGUAUGGCUGCCGCUGUUGCAGGGAUGAAGAUGCUCCAUGAGAAGAAGGCGAAAGAGCAGGCCGCCCGGGAAGCCGCUGAAGCCGCCACUGCUGCAGCCAUGGCUGAAGAAGAUGCUAAGCGCAGUAAGCGAUGGUACAAAGUCUGGUAA